CAAUCCCUUUUGUAAGCCGAUUUGGCCGUUUUAUAGUAAAUAUUUACCACAGCGGCUGGAUAUAUCGUUAUCUGGCUAUUAUAUACACCUCCUUAUCUGUGAUAAUUUGUGAUGAUAUUGCUGAAAAAGGAAUACUAAACAGGAAAAUGUCUGGAUGAAAUGUCAAAUACAGAAGCCUAGGACAGUGUUUUCGGAUUUUUAGAGUCAAUCUCUGUUUUUGUGAGGAAUGAAUUGAGCGAAGCGAGGAGCGAGAAGGAGAAAAUCUCGCUGCUUGAGUUUUGAUUUUGUCGAGAAAAUAUUGCAUUUAAUUUGCCAAAAUGGCGACGGGGAUUGCAAACAACCAGCGAAAUGCAUCUGGAUUCAAGCCUCCAAAUCUUCCCAACAUCGAACACCCAAUGUCUCGUCUGGGAGAUCGAAAAUCGUUGAAUGUUAUCGGAUCCAAUCGACCGGAAUCUGUAAUGAGCUUGGGCUCCGGCCAGAACGCGAUGGGGAGAGAGGCGAGAACUCCCCCGCUAGCCCCGGCUAGUCGAGCCUCCCUUGUUGGCCUCCAUGCAUGGGACGAACUUGAUAAUAAUCUUCCUCCUCUCAGGGAAGGAGGCAAGGAAAAUAAACGGUCAAAGAAGCAGAAACAUUCAAGGAUGAUGACAUGGCCCCCAGCACAUGAGCAGGGACCUGGAGAAAGACGAGCUAAAUCAGCCAAGGUACCAAACAGUUCAGAGUAUGCAACUCGAUACUCAAGAGUUCCAGAUGAGCUGAUCCAGGUUUUAAAGGUCAAACUUGCUUCGGGUUACCAUGGACUCCGUCAGAUGUUCAAAGGUCACGACCCGCAGGGCAAAGGUCGUGUGUCAAAGAGCGCAAUGGGUCAGAUCCUCUACCCUCUGGUAGGUUACAUCACGCAUGAAGAUGUAGCAAGGCUUUUACAUAGACUUGGGUUGGAGAAAGAUGACACUCUCACUUUUGAUGAUUUUAUUGGAUGCUUCAAGGAUACAGAGGUUGUCCAGCGUGAGUGGAUGAGUCCCGUUGCGAAAAAGCGUGUAGCGGCUGAAAGACGUAAGGUAAACCCUGAGGAGCACUUGCGUGAUAAAAAUCGGGCCGUUCCGCUUCAGAAAUGUACUGCAGUAUACGGAAAUGCAUUGCUAAAAGAGAAGUGCAAGCAUAGUGAUUUUAACCUGAGGAACUACCUAGCCCCAGCCUGCUUUGAGCCUGGAGGAACUGUUCUUGGUGUCCAAGUCCAGGAAUGUCUAGCUCUCUUAGGAGCGCAUCUCGAUGAGGAGGAGAUGAUUAAAUUAUGGACAAGGUAUGAUGUUGAAAACACUGGAGCAUUGGAUAGUGCCUGGUUUUUCAUGCAACUCGGAUUAGACAGCAAUGGACGUUACAACCCAAGAGCUCGAACAGCACCCCCAUCAAGACGGCACAAAUCAUCUCAGUUGCCUUCGACUCCAAAGAUCCAAGAGGAAGAAGAGUUGGACUUUCCUGAAUCACCACGGAUCCCAACACCGCCCUCUAACGGCAGGCAUUUGAACAGUCGAAUGGGACCAGCACGAGCACUGUCAAGUGAUGUCAUUAGUUACAUUAUCAGAAAACUGGAGCAGCCGUUCAACAACCUAAUGUCCUCUUUCCAGAUGGCGGAUAAUACGGGGAAUGGACUCCUAGGCAUUGAGCAGUUCAGGAAGGUUCUGUGUGACUAUGGUAUCAAGAUGCAAUAUGUGGAUGCAGAGAUGAUGAUGGAAAGGUGCGGACUGAGGAGAAAAGAUGGCCGAGUGAUGUACAGGGAUUUUCUUCUCAAGUAUAUGAUGAGGUCGGCUAAUGGUAUCGCUCAUAGGAUUAUUAUGGAUUCAAAACACAAGUUUAAUACUAGAUUAAAUACCCCUCAGGGAUAUAUAUGUGUGGAUGAAGCGGAGGCUAAGCUUGUUGAACUCAUCCACAAAGACUUCCUCAGUCUUCUUGGCGCUUUCAAAUCCCUUGAUGUUUACAAUCUCGGACUACUCACCCAGCGAGAUUUCAAAGACACCGUAGAGAAAGUAUUCAACAUUCGCAUGACCAAAGACCAGUUUAAUGAGAUCCUAUAUGAGUAUGGGCAGGAGGAUGGACUUGUCAUGUACCCACAAUUCCUUGCUGUUUUCAACAGGAAGAGGUUUAUACCAUUUCAAAAUCACACUAAAGUUCAGAACCAUCAACAGGAGUCCAGUCCACCUGACAUCUAUCGUGCUCCUGAAUCGCUGGACGAAGAAGAGCAGGGAGACGAGAUGGGGGUGUGGCUUGCACAGUCAGCAGCCAAUGAGGAAGAAGCCAUGGAGACAUCGAAGCCAGUGGUUGAACGGGGGAACACAAAGAAACUGGAAGGAAGAUAUAGGCCUGUCUCAGAAAUUGCUGCUGAGGUCGAGGUACAGUUGAAGAAGAAAGGAUACACGGUUCAAGACUCAUACAACAAACUUGAUCCUAAGUAUACCAGUAGAUUAUCAAAGACACAGCUACAUAGGUGGCUUUCAGAUAUGGGUAUUGUUCUUCACCCAACCGAACUUCAAGAUUUAUGGAAAGCCAUGGAUAUUGCUCGGGACGGCCUAGUUCAUUACGCUGAGUUGUUUGAUUUCUUCCUCCAUAGAUCAAAAAGGAAACCAAUAGCAGACAAGGAAGCAUCUCUAAGAAGAGCCAAGGCUGCUAACCAGCCCCCUCCUGUAAGGAAUAGCAGUGAAAUGAAAGAGAUGAUGGAACUCUAUAAAAUCCCUGUGUCUACGGUGGUAGAGAAGGUCAGACCAGAUGUCGUGAGUAACUGGAAUGGUCUGAAGGAAAGACUACAAGCUCUUGAUCCAAAUGGUUAUGCGACCAUAUCCACUCCUGAAUUUCAGAGGCUUGCACAAAGGUUUCAGUUUCGGUUAUCAUCCAAGGAGCUUCAAAGACUAGCAGUGAGCUUUGACCAUCAUCAAACGGGGAACUUUCAUUAUAUAGACUUCUUGCGAUUGUUUACUGAUAAUAAGAAACCAAAGCAGGGAGGGAAUGCAUAUCAUAGGAACUUCCACAAGAUAACGCACCAAACAGCCAAGGGACCGGAAGAAGUAACUGUCACAGAAACAUUUGACCGGAUUGGCAAAAAGAUCCUUGGUGAUUGGCGCAGCAUACGACGUGCCUUUAAGAAGGCCGACAUCAACGGUGACGGCCACCUCAGCAUACCCGAAUUCCGUCGCAUCCUGGCCAACAUGAAGGUCCACAUCGCUGACGAGGAUUUCUACCACAUCGUCAGCGAGGUCGAUGAAAACAUGGACGGCAGUAUAUCCUACGAUGAGUUCCUGGCUCAGCUAAUGCCUUCAUGAAACCGAUUUUUUCAUGGAUCAAAAUGAAUGUCCUUUGGCAGAAUUUCAUGCUCAGAAAUGCCAAGUCUCUGGCAUCAUGUGUGAGACUCCGGCAUGAGGGAUUCUUGCUCAUCCCCUCAUAUCUUUUCUCAUGCAUGUAUCACAGCCUAUCCCCAUGACAAUGCCUGUGAUUUCAUGCCGAGUCACAGAAAAUCUCACACAUAGCUUGAUCUUUGAACUUGGUGUCUUUGCAUGAACCAAAAAGUCAGUGUUUUUCACUGGCCAUUGUUAUAAGCUACUGAAAUCCUUGCCUCUGAUUGGCGCAGAGCAAAUUUUUCAGCGAAAAAUCACUGAUAAAAUUUUUCAUGCAAAACUUCCCUGUACUUAAUGACGCAUUAAUUGCACAAAAUAUUUUGUCAGUGAUUUUCUUCGACAACUGUUCUAAGCUACUGAAAUUCUUGCAUCUGAUCGUUAUGUACAAAUUGUUGUUAUAAGCCACUGAAAUCCUUUCAUGUGAUAGGCCGAGAGCUAGUUUGUUAUUCACAUUCACUUGCAAGAACAUUAAUAAUAUACAAGAAAAACAGUUCAAAUAAACUCGCUUGGUCUCUUGUUGUUCUUCAUGGAUAUGACCAAAUGCAAUAAACAUUUAAAAAAAAAAAUACAUAUAGAUAUUCAGAAUAUCACAUGAGCCCAGUAAUAGUAAUGUAAUUUCUGAUCAAUGGUAAGUUUUUAAACAGCAAUGGUCUUGCUUGGCUGAUGCCAUUUUGAUUGCAAUUACAUGUUUAUUCUGCUAUGGAGCCCAGAACUUGUCUGAAUGAAAAAAAAGAACAACUUUGAACCGAAAUCCAGUUUUCAUAAUGAAAGAUCAAACUCAAAGAACAAUUUUUUUUAAAUAUUUGGCUACAAAUGGUUACACCAAAGAUACAAGUCUAAGGCUUAACUUAAUCUGGAAUCCUGAAUGCGACUGAGGAGUUUAGGCCAGUUUACAGCAGAGGGUAACAAAUUUGCAAAGAUUAGAUUAUUCCUAGCUGAAAAGUCCUUUUAAGCUGUACCUAGUCUUCGGAAGUAUUUUCAGUCAUUAAAUGGAAAUGUUUAGUUUGACAUAAGUUUCAAAGAAAAUGCAAAGGAUGAUUAUGAAUAUUUCUAAUAUCUUGUAGACAAUUGGUGGUGAAGUUAGAAUGACUCCCGGGGUUUGAAUUUGCAAUAAUUUUUGACAGUUGUUACAGCUGGUAACAACUGACUUCUGGUGCGUUAUUGUUCAGAGCAAAAUAUAAGUCCGUCGGGGAUAGGAAAUGUUAUAUUCAAACUCUAGGUAGGCAAUAUCUGUAUAUUUUAUUCUUCACUUUGGCAAAGAUCAAGUUAUCAUCAACAUUCCUAUUUUAUUGCUGCAUUUUUGUCCAAAAAUAUACCUGAAAUCGGUAGUAUCCGAUAGAAGAUAUGUUUGUAAGUUAGACAUUUCAAUCUGUAUGGUGAAACGGUUAAUUUGAUAUUUCCAUCCUACAUUAUGCCAAAUUAAGAAUUCAGUGAUUUGCUUUCCUUUGUGUUUUUAUAACAUGGAACAAAAGAUUUUUUUAAUUAUAUUUUGGUAAUGCAUGUUUUGUAAAAUCUAGUUCAUGUCAAUCAAAUAGCAGCUUACAUGUGUAAUACUUAUUUGAGAAUCAUGGAAUGAUACUAAAUUAUUUUCAUUAAGCAGUCAUGUGUUUUUAUGCAAAGUGCAGUGUAACAUGUUACCUAUUGAUAAAAAUUUCUGAAAUAACAUACAUGUCCAUGAAUACGAGAUUGUAAGAGAAAAAUCGGGACUACAAAAACAUACCUUUUCUUUGUCUACUGUAUAUUUUACUCCAUGUUUUUUUUUUUUUUGGAGGGGGGGGCGCGAACCAGGUCAUAUCCCCCAAUUCAAAUUCAGCUGAUCUUCACCAUUUUGAGAAUUCGUAGGGAAAUAUUCUAAUUUAAGUAACAUUCCGAGGUAAAAAAAUUCUAAGGUAUAUUUUCUUCAAAUGGUGAAAUGGUGGAAUUUUCACAAGAUAUUGUACCUAUGUUUUAUAUAUUUUAGUGUAUGUAUACAGAGAAUUUGUAUAUAUAGGUAAAUAUAUUGUAUUUGUUGCUGUUCUGUGAUGAGGUCUUAGAGAUGAAUUUAUUUUUGUCUCAGAGUAUAUACUUAUCAUCUCAUUUGUAAAUAUUUCAUAUGGUGAGGAAAUAUUAUAAUAAAACUAUCAAAUGAAUAAUGACUACUUAUGUUAAAAGCUUUCCCUCUGGAUACAAUACUCGUUAAGUUUCCCUUAUUUUUCUUCAUCUUUUUUGUUUUGCAUUCUUCUCUAUAAGUACAGGCCACCGUCUGGCGUAUUGUCGUACUGUGGUACAUUCAUGGGUGAUAGGUCAAUUUCAAGAACAACAAAA